AUGAACACCAGCCAGCAGAAAGGACGACGCCAGGUCGAGGCGGCUGACCACAUGGUGAAGGGGACAUUUUGGAGCCAGGUGGGGCAGGACAUCGAUGGCGAAGCUGCAGGCGAUUGGAGUGGCUUUUCGGUGUCGCUGAGCAGCGACGGCAGCCGCGUGGCCAUCGGAGCACCUUAUAACGACGGUGCCGGGACAAAUUCUGGUCACGUUCGCGUCUUCGAGCUCUCGGGCAACACUUGGAGCCAGGUGGGGCAGGACAUCGAUGGCGAAGCCCAAGGCGAUUACAGUGACGUGGUGUCGCUGAGCAGCGACGGCAGCCGCGUGGCCAUUGGAGCAGUUUAUAACGACGGUGCCGGGGCAGAAUCUGGUCACGUUCGCGUCUUCGAGCUCUCGGGCAAUAUUUGGAGCCAGGUAGGGCAGGACAUCGAUGGCGAAGCUUCAGACGAUCACAGUGGCUUUUCGGUGUCGCUGAGCAGCGACGGCAGAAGCGUGGCCAUCGGAGCACCUUAUAACGACGGUGCCGGGACAAAUUCUGGUCACGUUCGCGUCUUCGAGCUCUCGGGCAAUACUUGGAGCCAGGUGGGGCAGGACAUCGACGGCGAAGCUUCAGCCGAUCAAAGUGGCUUUUCGGUGUCGCUGAGCAGCGACGGCAGCCGCGUGGCCAUUGGAGCACCUUGGAUUUGGGCAAAUCCUGGUCACGCGCGCGUCUUCGGGACCGAGCCGGCCAGCCCAGCGGACAGCCCCACGCCGACUCCGACGGCGCCCCCGACGUCCAGUCCGACGCCAUCGCCGACUGAGGCCCCGACGAGCAGCCCGACCUCCAGUCCGACCGCGUCCCCGACGACCAGGCCGACGUCUGCACCAGCGGCACCGCCCAUCAACAGCGGCCCAAUGGUCAAGGACAUCGGCGACCCGCAUCUCGCCAACACGCUCGGCCAGAAGUUUGACCUGCUUCAGGCUGGGUACCACACUUUGGUCCAAAUCCCCAGGUGGCAGCGGCAUCGGACUAAUUUCCUCGUGGAGGCGAGGGCGAGUCGCGCUGGGCGUGGGUGCGCUGAUCUGUAUUUUACGGAGAUCAACAUCAGCGGCACGUGGGCUCGUGGUCACAGGGCAACGGGCUUGCGUUGGGACGCCGAGGCUACGAGGCUGGCCAAACCAGCAUGGAUGACCUUCCACAAUGAGGUCAAGGUCAAAACUGUGCAUGGCCGCACAGCCUAG